AAUAUGCUGUGAGACCAAUUGUUGAGAACACAUUGGCUACAAGUCCGACCUUAAAAACUGUGAUGCCAAUCGACCCGUACGCAUUGGCUAGAAUAUGCUCUAAUACUAGUUGUUACCAGCACAUUGGUAGGACAUUGUUACAGAAUUACACAUUCUGAUUCUAAACAAAAAGGCAAAACACAAAGUUACGAACACCGAAUUGGACAAACUGGAAAUGGAGGCAAUUUUUUUUGCCAUUGCUUUCUCUGAUGGCAUGAAAACGAUGGUGCAGCAAUUAGCAUUGGAGGGCUAAAUUAGACUUUUUACCAAGGCUGGUUUGCACUUCGUUGUUUAUUUAUAAAUAUACAUACAUAUAUAUAUAUAUAUAUAUAUAAAUAUAUGUUGUAUAAUAUCUCCAGGUCCAAAAAACAUCCGAAAAUGGCGGAUAACAGAGAAAGCCAAUCCGACAGUUGCCAAGAUCUUCCACAAGUUCUGGUCCUUGAACCACCACCAAUCCUGCAACACUAUCCGAACUAUUUCUCCAAUAAAUUCCAACUUCUCAAAGCAUGGGACUACUCGCUUCCACUGAACCAGUUCUUAGCCACCCAAGCUCAGUCCGUCAGAGCCCUUCUAUCUCCUGGUCGAUAUCCUCUGAACCAAGACAUUCUCAGACUUAUUCCUUCUCUGCAGCUUAUUGUCACCACCAGUGCUGGCCUUAACCAUAUCGACUUGCCGGAGUGCCGGCGACGUGGGAUUUCUAUUGCUAACGCCGGCAAUGUGUUCACUGAGGAUUCUGCUGAUUUGGGUGUGGCUUUGUUGAUCGAUGUUUUGAGAAAGAUAACGGCUGCUGAUGGGUAUGUUAGACAAGGGCUUUGGGCUAAGAAAGGUGAUUUUCCUCUCGGUUCUAAGUUGGGAGGCAAGCGAGUUGGGAUCGUAGGAUUGGGAAACAUUGGCAUGGAAGUAGCGAAGAGGCUCAGGGCCUUUGGCUCCAAAAUCUUGUACACCUCAAGGAAGGAAAAACCACAUGUUUCAUAUGCCUACUAUUCCAAUGUCUAUGAUCUUGCAACUGAGAGUGAUGCUUUAAUCAUCUGCUGUGGUUUGACUGACGAAACACGCAACAUUAUCAACAAGCCGGUGAUGGAAGCUCUGGGGAAGGAUGGUGUCAUUGUGAACAUUGGGCGUGGGGGGAUUGUCAAUGAGAAGGAACUAAUUGAGUGUUUGGUGGAGGGAAAGAUUGGAGGAGCUGGUUUGGAUGUGUUUGAGAAAGAGCCUAAUGUUCCUGAAGAGCUUUUGACAAUGGAAAAUGUUGUUUUGUCGCCUCAUAGAGCUGUCCAUACACCGGAGUCUUUAAUCUCGAUGUGUGAACAUGUGGCCAGGAACUUGGAAGCCUUCUUCUCAAACAAACCUUUAAUUUCACUAGUCCUGGAUUUAUAGAUGGAACUUUUUUUUGUUUUUUUUUUUUUUUUUGUUCUUGUAGAGCUUGGAAGCAUUUUUCUGAAUAAACUCAGUGUUCCAAACAUAGAAUAUAUGAAGAUUAUUUAGAUGGGAGGGAUGUACAAGUUUGGAAAAAGGAACUUUUAUUCCCUUGUGUUGUUUGUUAUGGGAAGGAACACUAACUGUAUCAUUUUCUUUUGGUUUGGAAUGGAAUGAAAAAGGAAAAGCAAAAGUUUAA